GAGCUUUUUGGUCGAACUUUCUCUCGUUAUUUCUGUGGUUUGCAAUCCAUCUUUUCAGAGUCGCUCUUUACAGUAUCGGACGCCGGCAUGUCAUCACCGGCUUCCGACCCUGCCUCCAUGGACCCCGCUGCGGCGGAGGCUGCUGCUGCCGCAGCCCAAGCCGCUAUGCAGUCAUUCACAAUAGAGGCGUGGACCCUCUUAGCAGUCGGAAUUCUUUUCACCAUGUUAAGGACAUAUGCUCGAGUUAGGUCAGUGGGCUUCAAGGGCCUUCAAGCGGAUGAUUACCUUGUCUGGGUCGGUGCGGUAUUCUAUGCGAUUGAGACUGCGUUGGCGCACUCCGUUGGGGCUGUUGCUAAGGGUAUGGCAAAUAAUGCCAUGACGGACGAGCAACGAGCGGCUCUCUCACCAGACAGUGAGGAGUAUCACCUGAGGGUGGUCGGUUCCAUCAUUCAGCUGUGUGGCUGGUCAAGCUACUCGGUCUUAUUGUGGUCGCUCAAGGCAUCACUACUGGUGUUCUAUCUACGGCUGACUGCGGGCCUUGGUCGCGGUUACCGACUUCGCAUUUACUUUGGCUUCGGAUUUCUCAUCAUUAGUUGGAUCGUUAUCAUCAUGAAUCUCUUCCUCGCAUGCCGUCCGUUUCACAAGAACUGGCAGAUCAAUCCUGAUCCUGGAAACGUUUGCCAACCAGCCAUAUCCAACCAAAUUGUUUGGGUAUAUCUGGCAUUCAACGUGUCCACGGAUCUUUACCUUUUGUCUAUUCCCCUGCCGAUGCUGUGGCAAGCAAGGCUCAAGCCCAUCAAGAAAUGGGGUUUGCUAUUUCUCUUUAGCGGAGGGUUAUUUGUAGUUGUCUGCGCGACCCUACGUUGUAUCCUGAUUGUCACAGACCCCCAGAACGGCGCACAGCUAGCCGGAUCAUGGGCUGUCCGUGAGACGUUUGUCGCUGUCAUCACGGCGAAUCUACCCAUGGUCUUUUCAAUCAUCAAGAUCUGGCUGGGCCCGGUCUUCGGCUCUCUUCUCACUUCUUUUCGUUCGACUCAGAAACUCACCGACGCGACGCCGAAAGAGAUUCGCACUUUCGGGGCUGGAAGCAACCAAAGCUGGCGGGGUCGCGGACCCCCUUCAGCGUACCCGAUCACCAACAUCACGUUCAACGAGAGCGAAGAGCGCAUGGUGAACGAGUACAAGAUGCAAGACGUCAAGACCUGGGGUGAUCCUCAUGCUGAUACCGCUGAUAUCACGCAAUCGAACAGCGUCAGAAGGAGUCACAGUAACCGGCGGAAGAAUACCGAUAUUCGAAAGGACGUCGAAGUUGCUAUCACUACAGAAUAUGUGCAGCCGGCAAAGGAUGCGGAGGGCAAUGCCAAGGCUCUGUCGCCUAGGACAUUCACCUUUGCCAGAGGUCCGAAGAGACAAUCUGUGAAUAAUUCCAGCAACCAGAUAUGACGAUCAAGAGGACGGCAGAGCAGGGAUUUGGUAAUUUCGGAGCAAAGAUGAUACAUCAUUCAUCUGACUUCAAUAUUUCUUUAUGUAAUAAAGAACCCUUAUCGUUCAAAUAUCCGUACAGCUCUGGCCAAUGAACAAUUUUGUUAAGUUAGGCACCUGCAUAAGGUAAGUAUGUGUUUAGAGCGAGGGUGUAGAAGGUAAAGGUAAGGUAGGCGAAGGGCGUGCAGAAUAUGGAAGCC